AUGUCGUCUUCGGUUAAUACCAAAAUGUUCGGUAAAUCUCGAGCAAGCUCUGUGAGCGGACAGUCAAAGAAGUCUUCCAAGGUAUCUGGGUCUCCUUCCCAAAUCGAACCUCGGUUGCGCCAUCGAUGUGUCUUUUUGACCUAUUCGCACUGCUCUAUUGAAUCGAAAGAUGAGUUCGAAAAAGGGUUUAGCUAUAUGCUAGAACGAAACGAUCUUAGGACGGCGACAUAUUACGGUUGUCGCGAGAAUGACGAAACCGAACGAAUUCAUUACCAUGUGCUAGUAAACCUGGGGAAACAACCCAACUGGUCUCGCAAGCAUGCGCGCUCCGUAUUCCUAGUGGAAGGCAACGAAUGUGAUUCGUUGAAUAUAUCUACGCCUACACUUCAGCCGAAGCAAAAGCUCUCUCAAUUCAUUGAGAAACAUGUCAAUUACUGCGAAAAGGAGAAGGGUGGCGAUUGUUUUGGAGAGCGCCCAGAGCCCUCUGUUGAGAAAAAGCUGGAGCGCAAGCGGAAGUGGGAGGAGAUUGGGUCCCAGCCGACAGCGCCAGCGAAGUUAGCGAUGCUGAAGGAAGAGUUUCCUGACGUCUUUUACCAAACAACGCCAAAGACGAACGGUAUUGAAUGA